CUGAAUCAAGUUUACGUGUAAUGUGCAGAGACAGCUAAGAGUUUUAGGAUGCUUUGAGUGCUUUCUGGAGAGGAAAGUCAUUCCAAGUACCUGUCGAUUUAUUAUCAAUUAUCCGCAGUCGUCCCAUGGCUGACAUGAUGCAGCGAAGAAGCAGUCCAUUGGUUCGGACAGUGUUUGUUGUGGCUGGUUUAGGUUCAAUCGUCUACUUGAUCUAUCUUAAUCAUGACUUGAACACAAAAUUAAAGAAUACAGACGACAGAGCAGAGCGGUAUCGUCGCUCGCACGAAUCUGUAUCUGCCCAGCUGCAAGAUUUGACAGCAGCUAAGGAAGAAUCUGAAAGGAAAUGUGCAGCAGAUCGGGAUGAAAUGAUAAACAGAUUAAAUGCCAUAGGAAAGGACAAAAAAAUGCUGAAGUCUCAACAUGAAGAUUUGAAGUUAGAUUAUGAGAGACUACAACAGGAAUCUGAUAAAGUGAAAGCUGAUCUUGAAAACUUGAAGACAGAGGAUAACAGAGAAUAUCAGUUGAUGAAAACACAAAAAGAUUUAGAAUUGGCAGCCUUAAAAGACACAGUAGCGAAUCAGGUCAAAGAGCUGGAUAAGUUGCGAAAUAGCCUUCAGACUUGUCAAACAGAAUACCAAAAUAUGCAAGCACUGAAGGACACAGCUCUUACUAACAUUACUAAACUUCAGGAGGAAACUACUGAGUUAAAGGCUACAGAAGUCAAACAUCAGCAGUUGAUCACCAGUCUACAGCAGGCCAAUCAGCGACUUUUACAAAAUGUGCAGUUAGCCCAACAGAAUAAUCAACAGAAUCUCCAAGGUGGCCAACCUGUGCUUCGGGGUCAGCAGCAGCCUCUGAUACAACAACAACAACAGCAGCAGCAGCAGCAGCAAAAUGGGGUAGUUGUCAUGAAUCAGGAUCAGUCAGUAGGGGCCACUGCAGCCAAUCAGAACAAGUUACCAGAUGUUGCUGGUGGACAGCAAAACCAGGCCCAAGGUGAUGGGAAGCCUGACGUGCCUGAUGCCAUUGACCAGGGCCAGGUCUUUCAAAUCAAGCCCGCAGACCUUGGAGGACAAAAACCUGUGGGAUAUGAGCACGAUAAGCAGGAGGGUGGGGCCAAUGCGCCUGGGGGAGGGGCCAAUGUUCCUGGGGGAGGGGACAAUGCUGGAGUUCCCAUACAGAGACAGGAGGACGAACAACAACAUCAAGUACAACCCCCAAACCUGAAGUUUCAGAAAUUUGAUGACGGUGGCCUGAAACAUAUGAAUCCAGUGGACAAAGAUUUGCAUGAGGAUCAUGAUGAGGAAGCCAGGAAUGCCCAAAAUGACCAUGACAACAGCAUACACAACCAGGGCCCUGUGGUAUUACAGGUGCAGGAGCCUGUUCUUGGUGGGCCUAAGGAUGCUGAUGAUCAGAGAGGCGGACUGGGUGGGCACAGAGGAGGUCUGGGUGAGCACAGAGGACAAGUAGGCUUGGAGGAAGAGGAGGAGGAAGAAGAAGAGGAUGAAGCUCAGCUUGCUCAGCCAAAUUUCCAAGGAGAUCAGUUCAUGCAGAAUGAUCAUAAGUUAAUUCCAAGGAAUGGUGAAAAUGUAGAAGAAGACGGGCAGAAUGGAGGUGUUCAAGUGGAUAAGGACAAUUAUUAUGAAGAUGAAGAGGAGGUAGAGGAUGAAGAUGAUGCAGAAGACGAACAACACCCAGCAGAUUUUGGUAUGAGGCACCAUAGGCGUCCAGAAAUGUGAUCAUCCGGGAAAGUGCAGUACCCUGUCGCUGUGGCAACCUACUACCUGCAUGAAGCCACAUCACCAUGGAAACGUGUCUUCUGUCAACCAUCAACCGACAGCACUACAGGGUGCAUCUGUGCAAGUCGUUAUCAUCUGUAAAUGUUAUAAAUCAACUAAACCAUAUCACUCUGGGGUCCCAAAUUGGUAAUUCAUUGUUUCAGUGUAAAUUAAGUUGAAUUGCCAUCAUUCGCUUAGUGGUUUUAUGUUAAUUUGUAAGAGGGUGUGUUGUUAGAAUAAGAACUUAACAGGUUUUAUGGUAGAGUAGACAGCUUUUUACAUGCAAGUGUUUUUUUGUAUAAACAUUUGUUCAGGGUGUAUGAAACUAGAGUGGUCUUACCCAAAGCUGUAUUUAUUAUAAAGUUAGCUAAUGUAAUUGUUCAACCUUUUCACAUGUUUGCAAGGUGUUUAUUCAAGCAUAUUCUGAAGGCAUUAUUAAGUGUUGGCUGACAAAAUUAUACUUUUUGUGAAACCGUGAAACCGGCCAAUCCAAUCAAUGUAGUUGUGUCUCCAAAACCAACUUAAAAAUAUGCAUAAAUUGCACUGAAAGUUGCUCUUUGAUAUGUGAAAAGGUUGAGGAGUUAGGAUACGUCUGCCAUGUCCUACAUGUACAUCAUCCGCUUAACACAUUUAGUCUCAAAAUGACGGUAGCAGCAUUCAAAAUAAAUCUGUCAGUCAAAGAGAAGUGACCUCUGAGAUUGAAGGAUUGAAGCUGUAUAUCAAAAUAUGCUCACUGACCGGCUCAUCCUUACAUUAUCUCUUCUUCGAUGGCCUCUGCUAUCAUCUCAAAAUUAAAACUCACAUUUUUCAUUGUUUUCAGUUGAAACUCAAAAUUAAAACUCACAUUUUUCAUUGUUUUCAGUUGAAACUCUGAAUAUAAACUAUUUCCAUUUAAAGAUGCCAGGGAGGUACUCUGCUUAAUGUACUGUUUUAAAACAUCAUCGAUGUAAAACAUUGGGUAAUACAUUAUGGUUCGGUGUUCAAGUGUACUUUCAAUCAUUUUUAAGAAUUUAGCUCUGUACUUUUUAAUAUGACUUCUUCAAACUGACUACAAACUUCCGCAGUGCUCAUGUUUUGGUUUUUGUAAACUUAUCACAUCGUAUGAAGAUUUUGACAAAGUUUAUGUGCACCGAAUAAUGCAACUUCAUUUAAUAUUACCAGACAUACAUGCACGUAUAUGAUAACUUUAUAAGUUGUGGUGGAAUCCAUUAUUUAGGUCUGUGAGCAAACUGUUACCAGUGGGUCAAGUGUUAUCUGCUAACUCUCAGCCAGUGAGUCUCACCAUUAAAUCCUGGGGUAGGCCUAUACCUGUUUGGGAAUGCAUGUUUACUUAGUAGUUUUCUCAGAAUGCAAAGCAAAAUCUGUUCUGUAGAUUGGUGAAAUCUGGUAGACUGGAUGUUAAAUGGUAAAUACAAUUAUUUGACGUCAUCAUACAUAAAGGACCAAUAGUAAGCACAGGCCUUGAUAUAUGAAAUGUGUUUAUAUGAUGGUUCCAGGAACCAGAUUCAUCUAGUAAUCCACAUGUAGCCACAUGAAUGUGGUUUGGAUGAACUGUUCUCUUGUUAUACAUGAUGCAUAUAGCUAUUUGUAUAUGGUUUGGAUGAACUGUUUCUGCGCGCUACAUAUAUGUGGUUUUGAUGAACUAUUCUUUUGUUUUACGUGCUACUUGUACUGUAUAUUUGUGAUUACAUUUUACCUUAUACAUAUUUUUGCAUAGGAGAAUACCUUCUGUGUGAAAUUGAAUGUUGUGGAUGGUAAGCAGUUCCCUACUGUGACAUGUUAUAGUAUGAGCUGACAUGUAUGUGACAAGAUGUCAGAGUGUGUACAUCAUCAGCCAGCUUUUCAUCAUGAGCAAUACAAUUAUCAUUAAAGUAAAGAAAGGCUUAUCAUACAGACCACUGAAAACUAUGUGUAAAAAUACUUUCAUUUAUUUUUUUAGAUUUUUUAAUUAUUUUCCUUAAGAGUGUUCAGAGGCAUUCAGAUAUUUGAAUUCUAGAGUUUUAUAGGAAUUUUUGAGGACAUUAUUUCAGUAAUCUUUUACUCUUGGGUUAAAAGAGUUAUUACAACAUUCAGUGUUGUGACUAUAGUUGGAAAUACUUCUUGUGACGUCUGAAUUCCUAAACUCUGAUAGCAUGGUUCAUAAAGCUCACCUUAAAAUUCAAAGGUUUUAAACUGCUUUGAUUCUCUUCACAAAAAUCUAUAAAAAUAAAUGACAGUAUAUAUAUAUGCCUGACUUUAAGUUGUCUGUAUGAUGAGCCUUACUUCAUAUUUAAGGUUUGUUUCACUUUAAGACACACAUUUGUUAGUGGUUUCCUUACAUUUUCCUCGUGUGGUGCUGGACAAGAAGUUUUGGUCAAGCCAUUGUAGCUGCAUUGCUCAAGUACCCUAAUCUGGCAAACGGUGAAGUUCCCACAUAGACCUCCUUUGUAGAUGUACUUACAACAUCAGUGACUUGGACACCUUAUAUACUGUAAGCAGAGGUGAAUGUUGAUAUUAUGUCAGAAUGAAAAUUAUUCUAGUUGCACUGGAAAUUGCAUGCACAAGUUUUACCCCUACAAACAUUCUUCAAACUCUCUUGGUCUGUGAACAGGCUAAUCUGUAAAUUUCGAUUUGGAUUCCCUGAAAACUACCUCUGCUUGUAUAGCUCCAGAUAGUUUGUCUACUUAAGGGCUUAUGAUUGUCCUGCAGGUAUUUCGUUUUCCCUACUGUGAUGGAAACUUAACAAUUGUUGGUGGAAAUGCUUGUUUAUGGUACAGAACAUUUACAUGCAUUGCUCUUGGUCUUGGUACACCUUGUUCUACCUCUGCGCUUUAUCUAAACCCAGCCAGAUCCAUCCACCAUUCACUACUAAAGAAUAAGAUGGUCUGUACUUCAUAAGCAAACCGUGAUGAAAUUCUUCAGCAGGUGUAACCGUGCUCAUACACCGAUAAUGAAAAUAUAUGGCCCCUGUCCAGUCUUGGUGUGGACUAUAAAACUACUAUCUAAGUACAUCUGGCCAUACAGACCUUCCUAAUCGUAUUGUUUAUCUAAUGGAAUAAACGUUUCUGAUUUUUUUUUUAAGUUGUACAAACAGCAAACUUAAGAAGUUGGAAAAUGUGGUAUUUUACCUUGUGCAUGUGAUUGUAUACUUGUAUAUUCUUGAGAAUGUAAAUCUAAUAUGCACUUUCUUAAAUUCACACAAAGAGUGGCUAUUUUUUUUUAUUGUAUUGUAUUUUUUUGUGUGUAAAAUGUUUUAUGAUUUUCAUUAAUUUGCAAGACCAAAUAAUAUUACGUAA